GAUUGAAGGUAAAUUUCACUCAGUACCUACAGACAUCAUGGCUCUCGAAACGCUCAAAACAAUUUCCCCCAUCACGAACAAGCCGAUCCUCAUCCGGACGGGAAUCUCCUCAGAGGAGCUCGCUUUGCUCCCGGAGACCGCUCAAAAGGCUUUUCAAUCAUUCUCGCAGAGUACGACUCUAGCCCAACGACAAGAGAUUGUCAGACGAGCCUUGGGAAUCCUAGCCAGGAAGAAGGAUGAAUUGGGAAGGGAGAUUACGGAGCAGAUGGGCCGGCCCAUCUCCUACACUGGGGUUGAGAUUACGACAGCUGUGAAGAGAGGAGAAUUCUUGCUUAGUACUAGCAGCUCACUGCUUGGGGAAGAAGGCGUUGUGGAUGGCGAGCCGGAGAAGGGGUUUAAACGAUAUAUCAAGAGAAAACCCGUCGGUGUCGUCUUGAUUAUUUUCGCAUGGAAUUAUCCAUACUUGAUCCUUGUCAACAGUUUGAUCCCUGCACUCCUCGCCGGAAAUGCAGUCAUCUUGAAACCCUCUCCUCAGACUCCUACGAUAGUCGAGCGAAUCGCAUCAGCCUUCCAGGAAGCCGGACUACCGCAGAAUGUGAUACAAUAUUUCCAUUCCGGAUCUUUGACGCAGAUCCAAACCCUUGUUCGAUCACCUCUCGUCAACCAUAUCUGUUUCACCGGUUCUGUCGCAGGAGGGCUAGCUGUCCAGCAAGCUGCAUCAGACCGUAUUGUCACCGUCGGCCUCGAACUCGGCGGUAAAGACCCGGCAUAUGUCCGUGGAGAUGUGGACCUUGCCUGGGCUGCCGAAGAAAUCGUUGACGGUGCAAUAUUCAAUAGCGGACAGAGCUGUUGUGCAAUUGAACGUGUUUACGUACACGAAAGUAUUCACGACAAAUUUGUGGAAGAAGUCAAGAAGGUCCUUAGCAGGUACCGGGUCGGCGAUCCGUUUGACAAGAACACACAGAUUGGUCCAGUUAUUUCGCGUCGCUCACAGGAAACUUUUAACGCUCAUGUUGCAGACGCAUUAGCCAAAGGCGCGAAAGACGAGACGCCGGAGAAUGAAACCUUCAAGGACCUGCCUGCCGAUGGCAACUAUGUGAAGCCUACACUUUUGACUGGUGUCACGCACGAGAUGCUCGUCAUGACCGACGAGACAUUCGGGCCCGUCAUUCCAGUUAUGAGUGUCAAGAGCGACGAUGAAGCUGUCCGGUUCAUGAACGACAGCGAGUUCGGUCUUACGGCCAGCGUAUGGACCAAAGAUGUCGCAACUGCAGAACAGCUUAUCGAGAAGGUUGAAGCUGGUACGGUGUUCAUCAAUAGGGCCGACUAUCCCAGCCCGGAUCUUGCUUGGACCGGCUGGAAGAACUCCGGACGAGGAGUGACUUUGAGUAGAUUCGGAUUUGAUCAGUUUGUGAAGCUGAAGAGUUACCAUGUUAAGGAUUACCCGAAAUAGUUAUCGCUCUGAGUCCCUGCACAGACGGAUUAGAGAAAAUAUAUAGAUAAUCAACAAUUGACGAAAAAGUUAGAUGAAGGACUCG